UCCUGCUUGGAUCUGACCUUUCCUUACUGCAGUAACAUUCUUCCCUUGGAUUUUCUUCUCCUCUAUCACUCCCUUUGUCUUCCUUCUCUUCAUCCCACGGAAUGGGACUCUUACACUUCCUCAAGAAACGAUCGGGGUUCCGGGUUGACAAUAGCAGGACUACUUCGGCAGCCACCUUGACUCUACGCCAAAGUCUUUGGCCCCUGACCCUGGUUACCAUACUUUUCUUUCUAUGGGGCUUUGCCUAUGGUCUGCUAGAUACGCUCAACAAGCAUUUCCAGAAUACCCUGAAUAUCACUCGGACACGCUCUUCAGGACUUCAAGCAGCUUACUUCGGUGCCUAUCCACUUGCCUCCCUCGGAUAUGCAAACUAUAUACUCCGGCACUUCGGGUACAAAACCGUCUUUAUUUUCGGGUUGACUUUGUAUGGCAUCGGCGCCCUUUGUAUGUGGCCUGCAGGCCUAAAUCGCUCGUUUGGCGGCUUCUGUGCAGCUACCUUCGUCAUCGGCUCGGGCCUUGGAUCUCUUGAAACUGCUGCCAACCCAUAUCUUACCGUCUGUGGUCCACCAAAGUAUGCCGAAAUCAGGAUCAACCUUGCUCAGGCAUUCAAUGGCAUCGGCACUUGUGUGGCGCCUGCUUUAGCAUCAUAUGUCUUCUUCACAUCUACCGAGGACGAUGUCAAUGCCUUGAAACGAGUACAAUGGGUUUAUCUUGCCAUUGGCAUCUUUGUCUUCAUCCUCGCCGGCAUCUUCUUCAUUUCCACCAUCCCCGAGGUAACCGAUGAAGAUAUGGCCUUCCAGGUUGCCGAAACGCAUGUUGAUGAGCAGGAGAAGCCAUUCUGGAAACAGUACAAGCUGUUCCAUGCCACGUUAGCGCAAUUCACUUAUACCGGUGCUCAGGUUGCCAUUGCAAGCUAUUUCAUCAACUACGUCGUCGACACCUGGCCCGGCACAACUAGCGCCACGGGUUCUAAAUACCUUGCAGGUGCUCAAGGAGCUUUUGCCGUGGGCCGGUUCCUGGGAGCCGUCAUGAUGAAAUUUGUCAAGGCCCGCUGGGUAUUCCUGAUUUAUCUUUCAUGCACUGUUGCUUUCAUCGCUGCCUCUAUAACACAAAGCGAUCGAACUGGCAUAGCAAUGCUCUUCUGCACCCUUUUCUUCGAAUCCGUCUGUUUCCCCACCAUCGUCGCCCUAGGUAUUCGCGGUCUCGGCCGCCACUACAAGCGCGGCUCGGGGUUCAUCGUUGGAGGCGUCUCCGGCGGUGCCGUGGUGCCUCCGAUUCUAGGCCAUGUGGCUGAUAUGCGGAACAGUACGGGGUUUGCCAUGAUUGUCCCAACCAUGUUCAUGGUCGUAGCGUGGACGUAUGCUAUUGCUGUGAACUUUGUGCCUGCGUAUCGGGAUACGGUUGACAAGGUUGGGUCGAGUGAUAUCGGACUUCGGGAGGAUGAUGUAACUCCGAAGGAUGUCGAGAGCGGUGGAGUGGCAGAAAUAAGCAAAAUAUCUCGGGAGGAGUAUCUGGGGAAAUGAUAGGUAGGUUUGACUGGCUGAUCGAUCAGUUACCUGUUACAUUCCUCCAAUGUCUUCGUUGGGUUCCCGGAGUUGUUUGGGAUGCUUUAUUCGCCAGGACCUGUAAUCAUUCUACGAAA